GAAGCGGCAUCUGAGCGUUUCGCAGCAGCUCGUUUGUUCGCCUUUGUUUCACAAAGCACCAUUUCUGUCCGCAUGUAUCACUUCUCGCUCAUCCCCUGCUCGCCCUCAUGCGCAACGUCGACAAUGGUCAGAGCCAAGGCAGAUCCGUCACAACGUCUUGCAUCUCUCCCUUCCGCGAAGCACAUCUUCUCUUAAACGAUCUCCUUCAAAUUGAUCUCCUUGGCGCACGCGACACUCUGCUAUUUUUUUUUUUCCCAAUCUCAUUCACACCCCCCCUUGCCGCGACAUUUUGCUGCGCUCGCUUUUCUCAAUUCAAACCUUUGCACGCGCAUAUGAAAUUUUUGACCCUCGUCCAUGACGGACAGCUGGUUCUAGGUUCGUCGCGAGCAAUACACUCGCAAUCUAUCUUGCUUUCUUGUUGCAGUGACCCGCGAAUACAGUGGCAUCGUAUGCGCUUGUUGCGCGACGUGCAUCGCAGGGGACAUUACAUGGUGGUGCUUGGGUCGAGCGGAGCGCACUUGGCAUGGGCGCCUACAGACUGAUGAGAUGGAACGAAAGACUGAAGCAAGCUUUGAGGUAAGAUCGGCAAGAGGUGUCGUGCGACAGAGUCGCUGGCUGCGCGUGUGUGCCUUCGCUGAUGCUGGAAGAUACAACGGCUG